UCCGUAAGGUAUGAAGUACGUUUACCAAGAUAUUUUAUUUUUUACCCGAACGGAAAUAGUUCAUAUCAAAACUUAAUUAUUGCUGCACGUAUUAUCGCGACAGAACUAAUGAAAAAUGGCUAUUUCUUUGGAAUUUCUGUAUUUAGAAAGUAUUAAUCGUGGAUGUAUGUGUGAAUUAGCCGUCUGUGACUUCGACUUAAAAAGUAAAUGCGUUCGAAUGUAAUUGGAAUAAAUAGAAGCACAUAGUUAUAAUGUCAUGAAAAAUAUGUACGAGAACAGGUACAUUUUUUGUCAAACCUUAUCUUAUACUUGAUAUUUGCGUAUCGUGUAAAUAAGGGAGGAUCGUAGACGUAAUGCAAUUCUUGGUUUAUUGUCAAGGAAGAUUCUACACGGACCUUUAUAAUUUUCACUAUUCCUUUUCAGAUGCUUCACGUUGCUUAAUGUACUCGAGAAAAAACAACUGAUGCCUCAUUGUUGCAUUUGUUAUUCGUCCUCAUGGAGACCUAUUCCGUUUAUGAUCGCUGUCCAGUCGUUUCUCGAGGAUACCAAAGAUACGUGUUUUUCGAUCUUGGUGGUGCAUGUAUGAAACGGAUUAUCCAGAAUUUUGGAGAUCACAGCAUAUCAUCAUGAAAUCAUCCGUGAUCGCCAUGAAAUUCGCUGGGUUGAUGCUAGGAGUUAUUUCUGCGAUUGCGAUAGGAUGCCACGGAUUUGAGAUAGAAGUUCCAGAAGCGUCCGUACCGAUGAUGGCGGUACCGAUAGCUGCACCGGUACCAGCACAGGCUGCAGGAGCUUGGGAUAUAGCACCGCCCCCGAAUGCUGGCCAAAGUGUGUUUUUUGACCACAUUUUGAAUGGAAAGAUGCAGGUCACCGGAAUGGACAAGGUCUUGCAGGCGUCGGACACAAAAAAAUCUGCGAAGCAUGUAGACCAAGCCGUUCCUGAAGAGCCACAGCGAGAAAAGAGAUCCGAUGCCAUGGUGCUGAGGUUAAUCAACGUUAACCGAGCCUUGAAAUUUCCUCGCGACAUCAGGGAACUCGCUCCUUUAGAAGAGCUUCAGGCGGGUCCUUCGAAGGGCAUUAACACUACACCGAAAAACGUCGUGCUGAUAUUCGUGAACGAGACGGAACAGGAUCAUCAGAGCUUCUGGUCGGAUUUCAGAGCCAAGCAUUCCUUCCCCGUCCAAAGUCUGCUGCAAAGUUGUCAAUCCUCCGAACUAUCUCCUGUGAAGUUAUCACCGGACGAAAUAAUAUUCGGCAGGGACAAGAAGGAUUGUGCAUGUGAUCAUUUCCUAAAAACAAAUGUCAGCGGUCUUUUGUCUUGGGCUCAUCAUGUAAAAAAUAUGAAAACAGGAACAGUUUCGGCCACAAACUUUAGUGAUCCAUCCGCCUUGGGUUACGAAGGGUCGAUCACCGCCAUCAAGAAGAUAGAUGAAACCAGUGUCAAGUCAGAAGUAGAAACAUCGAAGUCUGAGCUUCUUGAAAGUUGGCACAUGGUCGAUUUGAAUAAACAGCAAACCGAUUUACCACUGUCUCCUUCAGAAACGACUCCACCCAAUAUUCAACAGUUUGGAGGCACCAAUGAUGGCAUGUGGGACGUCUUCGACAUGUUCUCCAAAAUCAGAUCGGCUUUCUUCCGCACGUUGUUAGACUCCCUCGGUGGAAACCUCGGUGGCCCUGAAGAUGAAUUUUCCCCACGAAGGCCAUUCCCUCUUCAACCCAGUUUGAUAGACUUGGUUGGUGACACCGUUAAAGAAUUAAAGGCAGUUUCGGGCGAUGAAGGAUACAUGCUGGUCGCAGUUACACAAGCUUAUCAAUUAUCCCCCGUGGUCGAUCUUAUUCAGCGCGAGGAUCUUGAAAAUACGCUGCUGGUCGUAUCAGGAAUCUGUUCGUAUCAAAAGAAGCCGGUGCCAUUCUUCGCGAGUGGUCCAGGUUCCAAGGCGUUGUUUGAAAUAAGGACAAUGUGGGAUCUUGUUGGAGCUAUAAAAAAUUCUAUUACCGGCGGCUGUCCUGGAUUGGGAUGUAAAAACCGACGACACGACAUCAUGUCAUUGCCGAGUGGUAUUUUGAUGUCCUUAAUAGAUGAUAAUUCACCCAGCAAGAAACGUAUUAUCAGGAAGGACGAUAAUGGAGAUUCGGAGGAGUCAGGUGGAAAUGGCAAUACCACCUCGGAAUCUCCCAAAAACACGGGUGGUGCCAAUGGCAUAUUGCCAAUGGACUCUAUCACAUUACUUUUUGGUGCUGUAACGUCCGUCGUUACGUCUCUUAUCCUUAAACCUUAAGAAUCGCUUGAUGUUGCUUCCCUCGUUCAUCGGUCAAGUGCAAACGCAUCUCUCUUCUAAUUGCGCCUGGCACCUUUUGAUGAUUUUAACAACAAAAUUCCAGUGAACAAUUCAAGUUAAUCUAAAAUAUCCUUUCGUCCACGUAUUACUCAAAAACUACGGCAAGAUCCUUCGAUUGGUAAACAUUUAUCAUGUUUCGUUUAUUUGGAGCUUAACGUCGGAUAGCCAUAUUAAUAGACUUCGUUUGGUUGAUGGUAAUCCUAUGGUAAAAUACCCCCAACUUGAUAAAAAGUCUAAAGAUAUUACUGAUGUUGAAAUUCUCGUCGAAUGGUCUAUGUGUGUUUCAAUUGGUGAUUCAUUUUGCGAAACGUCGAUCGUGGAUGCUUGAACGUACAAAACUUUCAACGAAUUGGAUUAGCUGAGUCAAAACAGUGUCGGCUUUCAGUUUUUGGAUCUGUUGCUCAGGAUCUACUUGCAAGGUUUCAAGUAAAAUUAUUGCCGACCAAAGACUUAGGCUACAUCGACCUCUGAAGCUUCGUACGGUUGCAACCUGCGAUUUCGAUUUGAAAA